GGCGCGGCCGGGCAGCUCCCCAUCGGCAUUCCCUCUCCCCGUGCCGUCACCGCCGCGGUGUCCCGCAUCCUCGCGGCGCAUCCGGGCCCUUCCGCUGCGUCCACCUCACCCGCAGCACCAUGGAGGAGCACCGGGGCGAGAUGUCGCGCUGGCUCGACAUCCUCGUCGCCAAGGGGGUCCAAGAACUCGUCUUUGUCAACCGCCCUUGGCCGAUUGACCUGCGCCUCCCCGCCACGCUCUUCGGCUGCGCCUCCCUCACCCGCCUCUAUCUUGGCCUCUGGAGGCUCCCGGACACCGCCGCCGUGCCGCGCGGCGCCAGAUUCCCCAACCUCAAGGAGCUUGGCCUAUGCAUGACUGUCAUGGAGGACCGUGAUCUGGCAUUCAUGCUUGAAAGAUGCCCCGUCCUGGAGUUCCUCGUCCUCAUGGGAAGCCAGACCGGAGUGCGCCUCCGCCUCAUCAGCCAGAGACUGCGCUGCGUUCAGCUUGGCCAUGCCUUAUUGGAGUACAUCGACGUGGUGGAUGCCCCUACCCUGGAGAGGCUCUUCUUUUGGGAAAUUGCCCCCCCUGGCAAGCUCAAGUCCUUCAGGAAGAGGAACGACGACAACCACUCCACCAUGAACGGCUGUUCCAGGAUCAAGAUUGGGCGUGCACCAAACCUGCGUGUGCUAGGAUACAUUCAGCCAGGAGAGCAAGAGUUGGGGAUUAGCAACACCGUCGUCGUGGCUGGUAGCAAGGAGAACAUUCUCCCUAGUGUCCAGAUUUUGUCCAUGGAGGUGCAGUUCGGUGUCCGCAAUGCUGUCAAGAAAGUGCCCGGCUUUCUCCGCUGUUUCCCCAACCUGGAGACGCUCCAUGUUUAUUCCCCUCCCAUAUCUGAAGAGUCCACUGGCAAGAUCAAUCUCAAGUUCUGGCAGGAGGGCGGUCCCAUCAAUUGUGUGGUGCAGAGCAUGAAGAAGGUGUUCUUCUACGAGUUCCAUGGGUUGAGAAGCGAGGUUGCUUUCCUCAAGUUCAUCGCAGAGACCGGUCGGGUGCUGGAGCAUAUGGUGGUUCUGGUGGCCAAAGAAUGCUUCUCCUCUGGAGAUGAUAAUGUGAGGGCCAAGCUGAAGCCUCUAGCAAGCGUGAAAUGGAACAACAAGGCUUGCCAAGUACAGCUCUUCAAGAGCGGGCGCACUAACCCGGGAGGUCCUGUUUACAGCAACAAGAUAGCUUCCGACUUUGGGUUUGCUGACCCUUUUGACCUCCUCGGGCACUAGUAGAAAGGAUCUCUGUAAGUUUGUUAACAUCACCUUGCUUACAGCCUACUCCCUCCGUUCCAAAAUAGAUGACCCAACUUUGUACUAAAGUUAGUAUAAAGUUGAGUCAUCUAUUUUGGAAUGGAGGGAGUAGUUGUUACCUAGCUAGACUUGGUGUUGUUGGAUCUGGCAGCAACCGAAAAACCGCAUUUCUCUUGGCAAGCUGUGGUAUGCUUUCUCAAUGUGGUUGAUUUCUGGGGUCUUCAACUAAAAAACCAGCAUUACUAUUGGCAUGCUUUCUGUAUGUGGUGUUACAUGAUGAGGUUGUUAGUGCCAAGUCAAGUAUUAUGUGGCUGGAUUGCUGGUGGGAGUAACCUAUUGAAUUGGAUAGAAUGUUUGUACCAAUAA